AUGGCCGAGCUGGGCCUUGGCCCUCAGAUCCCUAGGAGCGGCCCCGGGCCGUACCGACUAGGGCUCCCAGGGGAGGCGAAGGUCCUCCCCGAAGAGGUCGGGGGUAAUCCCCCUGAGUGCGGGAUACCAUCUAUGCGGGGCAAGUCCCGCGUCGUGCGGAGGUCGGGCUCCCUUGAAGGUAUAAAUAAUAACACACAUCCACUGUACAAGGUCUUGGAUCAGCUCUCCCAUCGACACCCCGAGCUGAUCAGGUCAGCUCUCCUCGGGGAAGCUCAGCGCUUCUUCACCAAUGUUAUUGGUUAUCUUCAUUCUGUGUUUCCUACACCGAUUAUUUAUAGAGAUUUGACGCCAAAUAAAGUGAUAAUAGACCAAUGUGGUGUUGCUAAACUUUUUGACUUCACAUUUUCAAUAUCUCUUCCUCCUGGAGAACUGCAGGUGGAAGAUCGUGUUAAAGGGACAUUUGGAUACUUAGAGCCUCAAUACGCAAUUACAGGCUUUAUUACUCAGAAGACAGAUGUUUAUGGCUUUGGGAUGCUCAUGCUUGUGCUUUUCAGUGGAGAAACAGCGAUAAUGAAGUAUCAAGAAGGAACAGUAGAACCGAUUCAUGUCAGAGAUUACAUCAAAGACUGCCUUGACAAUGCUCAAAUUAACCAAAUUUUGGAUCCACAGAUUAUUGAAGGAGAAAACAGUGACGGGCUCAGGCAGAAUUUGCUGGCGUUCCUGGAUCUGGCUUUAAGAUGCACAGAAUAUGAAAGAGCUAAUAGACCAGAUAUGCUUGAUGUUGCAAAAGAGCUCCUCCAUAUUGAGAAGUCUGUUCGUCAUUAGCUCUACCACCACCACCUGAUCAUUGAAUGAGCUCAAGGGCCU